UGUGAGAGACGGUCUGCUCUAACUCUAGCCCGAAAGGCUCGCUUUUGACCAGAAACCCAGUCUUCCCCGCCCCGCCUCACCUCUAAUUCUGUCCGGUACUCAAAGAAGAUAAUUCAAUUGACAAUGGAAGCCCUUGGAUAUCUCCCUCUCUGUACUCCCAAACUUUCACCCUCAAAUUGUAAUAAAAAAUGCUGCACAAAUUAUUCUGGAGCAGCACCAAAUUACAAAUUCAACGGCCCUUGUUCUGGGAAGUUGAUCCCAAUUCGCAAAACGAUGAAUUGGAAAGUACCCAGAAUGCAAGUAGUGGAAGAAGAGUAUGAAUUGAAGCAAAUGAAAGAUAUGGCAGCUGCUAGAAAAAGAUGGGAAGCUUUGGUGAGGGAGGGAAAAGUCAAACCUUUGACUCCAAGGGAGGCUGGGUAUGCAAUCCAACUGUCCGGCAAGACUCUGCUUGAUGUUCGACCUGCAUCAGAGCGCAAUAAGGCAUGGGUUAAGGGUUCAGACUGGAUACCCAUUUUUGAUGUUGAUGACAGAUUGGAUGCUGGAACGCUCUCAAAAAAGGCAACAAAUUUCGUGAUGGGAGGAUGGUGGAGUGGUGUGCCUACACUUUCCUAUAACGGCUGGUUCUUAUCCAAAGUCGAGGAAGAGUUCCCAAAGGAUACAGAUCUUAUUGUAGCGUGUCAGAAGGGAUUAAGAUCUUUAGCUGCUUGCGAGCAGCUUUGUAAUGCCGGGUACAAAAAUGUCUUCUGGGUUCAAGGAGGACUGGAAGCAGCAGAAGAAGAGGAUCUGCAGAGAGAAGGUUCACAGCCAUUUAAAUUUGCCGGAAUUGGAGGUCUUUCUGAAUUUCUUGGUUGGACGGAUCAGCAAAGAGCUGCAGCAGCUAAAGAAGGAUGGCAAUAUCGAUUAGUUUUCUCUGCGCGUAUGGUCGGACUGUUUAUUGCUGCGGAUGCAUUUUAUCUUACUGCUCAGCAAGUUGUUCGUUACCUACAACAAGUACGAUCGUAGUUAAUGUCUGUAACUCUGUAUGGCUGUAUGCCAUUGAAGAUUGAAGUCUUUCACUUCACACAUGUAGGAAAGAAAUCAUGUUUUGGUUUGUAUUGAUGUACGAACCCUGCCAAAUCUAUCUUUUCUUUGUGUAUCUGAGUUUCAUAUGUUCAUCAAAAUUUUGUAGUGUGAAAGAAUGUUAUAUGAAUGUUUAUAUAGAUUAAUAUACCAUAUACUUCAAUGUUA